AGAUUGAAUGUUAUGUUGUUGAAGCAAUUGACGAAAAAAAUAGACUCACUUUUAUCGUCAGUUUGAUUUCAUGAAAAAAUGAGAGUUCAAAAAUGGUUAAUAUCGAAGAAUUCGGUCAAUUUCCUGUUAAAAAGUAAAUAUGUAACCAUACUUGGAAGCAGAUUGAGUUCAAGUGACGCUUCUAAGAAUGUGAUCACAGCUAUCUAUGUUGACUCGGAAGGGAAUCCGAGCUCAGAAGACCCAUUCGAUAAGCAGAGUAAGCUGAGUGAUCAAGUGAAGGGAAGUGUGAAGAGUUUCCUGAAGGAGAAGAGAGUCCAGAUUAAACCAGGAACUUCGAAGGUACUCAGUUGGCCUUCGGAUGUCAUGCCAUACAAGAGUAUCAGCCUGGCGGCCGUGUCUAAGGACAACCUGAAUGACCCCCUAGUUGACCUAAAAAGGGAGCAGAUCAGACUGGCCUACUCCUCCUCCAUCCGCACUCUCUCCACUAUGAAGGAGACUGAAGUGGUAGUGGACAGUGUGGGGGGACAGCAGCAGGGGGAGAUGGGGGCUGUGAGUGAGGGCUGUCAUCUAGCUGCAUACAAUUUCGACAUGUACAAGGCUGCCAAGUACAAGAAGCCAGUUAUGAAUCUGGAGCUGCUGGAUGAGUCUUGUGCCGGAAGAGGGGACUGGAUGGAGGGCUUUGUGCUGGCAGACUGUCAGAACAUGGCCAGGACUCUGACGGAGAUGCCCUCCAAUCUACUCACUCCGGAGAAGUUUGUAGAGGAAGUGGUCAACCUCUUCGAACAACAAAAGGGUGACUCUGAAGUGGAGUUGGAGAUCAAGAUCAGAGAGGAGGCUUGGCUGAGAGAGCAGCAGAUGAAUGCCCUCCUGGCAGUGGCCCAGGGAUCCAGUCAGAAGCCAUACCUGCUCGAGCUGCACCUCACCCACCCCAAGGCAGACAAGGGGGUGCAGCCACUGGUUCUGGUGGGCAAGGGGGUCACAUUCGACUCGGGGGGCAUAUCGAUCAAGCCAUCCAAACUCAUGGACGUGAUGAGGGGGGACAUGGGCGGGGCUGCAUGUGUGGCGGCCACUGCUUUGGGGGCGCUGCGUCUCAAUGUGUGUGGUCGGGUGGUGUGUCUAAUGGGACUGGUGGAGAACAUGCCCAGUGGUGACUCAUUCAAACCCGGUGACGUAAUCUUCUCCCGCAGUGGACACUCGAUCCAAGUGGACAACACGGACGCAGAGGGCAGGCUUGUGCUCGCUGAUCUACUGGACUACAGCGAAGUGUGGCAGCCCAGUGCAGUGGUGGAUGUGGCCACUCUGACCCUGGCAGUGGAAGUGGCUCUGGGUGCUGCAUUCACUGGCGUAUUCACCACUACCAACAAACUAUUCGACCUACUCAGGAAAUCUGGCAGUUCCACUGGCGAUCAAGUGUGGCGACUGCCCCUCAGUCCCCUCUUCACCCGACAAGUGUCCAACUCCCCCCUAGCCGACCUGAACAACUCACCCGGCCUCAGAGGAGGGGGAGCGUGCACUGCUGCCGCUUUUCUAUCCCACUUUGUCAAGUGUCCUUCAUGGGCCCAUUUGGACAUCGGGGGUGUGUUUGAGAAUAAAAACGAAGUGCAGUAUCUGUCCAAAGGGAUGUCGGGCAGACCAACGAGGACUCUGAUACAGUUUUGCAGGAACUAUUUUUCGCCUUGAACGAUUUUGUUGCAAUGUUCAAUUGAAAACUUAUUGUGCUUUUCCGAAGAGCAGUACAUGAAAAACAAAGUUACUCAUGACUGUCUGUCUAAUGAUGAUCUAUGAAAUUAUUUGUCACUCGUCAUUUUGAUGCUUAAACGUGAAAAAUGCUAUUAAAUUCUGCCCCAAACCUGUAAUAAGUUUGGUUUGA